UCUUGACAUAGCCGUCGACCGUCGUUCUUCUUCACAGUAAGUGUGCGCCGUCUUUCUUCACUUCAUCGUCUUUCUUGUCUUUCGGCUUCUCCGAUCCACAGCGCCGCCGCCUCCGCCGUCGUAUUCGUCUUCAUCUUCCUCUUACCCCUCGACCUCGUCUUCAGGCGUCUUUAUCUUCCCCGGCGUUGCCUUCCGUUUCAAAUUCAGCUUGUCUUAGAAUAGAUCAUUGGAUAAUCAGGGGAAGGAAAAACCUGAAUUGUUAGCAGUGGCCAGUAAGAGCAAAUUCUCCCCCAAAUUAUCGUUCCUUUUGCCGCAGAUCAUACUACAAAGAUGGGAAGAGCGAGGAAAACCCCAAAGUUUGCUGCAAUGAAGAAACUCGUCUCUCACAAAACGAUAAAACAAUAUAAGGAGGAGGUGUUAAACCCUAACAGGAAGGACUUAACCAAGGAGAAGCUCCCCAGAAACGUACCUCAAAUUUCAUCUGCACUGUACUUCAAGCAUAACACUGCAUUGGGGCCGCCAUACAGAGUUUUGGUGGAUACUAACUUUAUCAAUUUCUCCAUUCAGAAUAAAUUGGAUUUGGAGAAAGGAAUGAUGGACUGCUUGUAUGCUAAAUGUACGCCGUGCAUAUCAGACUGUGUUAUGGCUGAGCUGGAAAAGUUGGGUCAGAAAUACCGAGUUGCAUUGAGAAUUGCUAAGGACCUGCGAUUCGAAAGGCUUCCAUGUACCCACACUGGAACAUAUGCUGAUGAUUGCAUCGUCGAAAGGGUUACACAGCACAAGUGCUACAUCGUGGCAACAUGUGAUCGGGACUUAAAGCGCAGAAUCCGUAAGAUCCCCGGCGUGCCGAUCAUGUACAUCACUCAGCACAAGUAUUCCAUCGAACGGCUACCCGAGGCUACAAUUGGCGGAGCUCCAAGAAUGUAACGCGUACGGACAACAUACAACAGACAGACAAUGGUUGGAAGGAGUGCCUGUGUUUUUGCCAUAGUUUUUACUCUCUUACUGUCUGAAUUUCCUUGGUUUCGACAAAUAUUAUAAUUUAAAUUUAUCUUUGGUUUUGGAAGUUAGCCUUGGUGAUAUCAUCUUUGUUGGAAGAUGUAAAUUAGUUAUACAUUUUUCUACUAACGUCAUAGGGUCAUUUAAUAUUUUUUUAUAUAUAUAUAUAUAUAUACAUACAAAUUCCUAGCUGAAAUUGAAUUUAGUCUCAUGGUUUGUUUAUUUUUAAUUUUUAGAGGUUAUUUAGAAAAAUAAUCAUUA